AUUGUUUGCUUAUGGAUUUGUAAAGGGGGGCUCCCAUCUCAUUGCAGAGGGAUUGGCGUAAGCUGAAUAAAAACCACCUGAGGAGGGUGCAGCUCUCCUUGGCUCCCGGCUAGUAUCACCCUACCGCCCUUGGCUGCUCCCACACGGACGGAGAUGGGGGAGGCGCCGACGCAUUUUGCUCCUACCACCGCGGAGGGGGGAGAAGGAGCCGCUCCCGUGGCGCCGAGGGGCCGGGAUCGGUGCGGGAAUUGCGGGAAUGGCGAUAGGGGCACGGCGGCGGCGGCGGCGGCGGCAGCGCUGUGUGAGGGGGGAGCCAUCAUGGCGGCUGCGCUGAGGGGAAGGGCGCGCGCGCGCUCCCGUUGCCACGGGCACCGCGUCGGGCCCGGAGCGGGAGCCGGGGCCGCAUCUCCGGGGCCGCAUCUCCGGUGCUGCCGCUGCCCAGGAGAAAACGGGGACAGCCGAGCCACCCUCCCGGUGCCCUCGGGAACGCGGCUCGGUAAACAAUGGAGCCAGAUGUAAAAGUGAAUGAAGAUUUCAAAAGCCAGUUUAAGGCUUAUCAGGAGCAACAGCAAAGGCGGCUGCAAGAUUUGAUGGAGAGGAAGAAGGAAAAGCAGAACAGGCAGAAGAACACUGGCAGCACAAAGAAGACUAUAAAAGCCCUGAGUGAUCUAAACUUGUUUAAUAAAGGACCUCCUGUAAAUGAAGAUGCCAGCAAAAGUUUUCUUGAGGCUGAGAAUGAGAAGCUGCAGGAUCAGCUGCGAGAGGUCCGGGAUGAGAACUGCAGGCUCUACAAACUGGUGUCAGAGAAAGAUUUUGAGAUAAAUCAGCUCCAGAGAAGAGUGCAGGAGGAAAGGUUGGCUCUGUCAGGGGUGUCUGGUAUAGCUGGAGACGUGGCAGCCACUAAAAUAGUUGAGUUGGCCAAAAAGAACCGUGAGAUAACUGCUGAGUUUGAGAGUGAGAGAGCCAGAGUGAAGCAGCUGAAUUACAAAGUCAAGGAGCUGGAGAGAGAACUACAGGCAGCCACAGAAAAAAUCCAUUCCCUUGGUGGCGAUGCUGCAGGAAUCAAGGAAUCAACUCUGAAAAUACUGGAAGGAAACUUGGCUGAAAGUCCAGAGGUGAAAGCACUGCAGGAAAAAUUGAGCACAGCCAAUAUAAAAGUGACAGAAUAUCGGAACCAGCUCCAGAACGUGAAACAGGAACUGAAGCUGACCCAAAAGAUUUUAGCCAAAGAAGUUGGGGAAGAUGUGAAUAUCCAAAGUCUCUUGACCAAUUCUGGCAGCUGGCGUGGACGAGCUCAGCAAAUUCUUCUUCUCCAAACCAGGGUUCGAGAGCUGGAGCAUAAACUGAGUCAAAACAAGAUCACAGCUUCUCUGCUUGAGGUGGAUGAGGGAUUUCUGGCAUUUCCUCAUUCAAGGAAGUUGUCAGUCCAAGAGAAGAAUUUGCUGAAGAUUCGCAGCUUGGAAAAAGAGAAGAGGGAAUCUUUGGAGAAACUCGCUGAGCAAUACAACACUCUCCAAAAAAACCAUGAGGAACUGAAAAAAAAACUGGAUGCCUCAAGAGCCAGGAACCAAGUGCUGUGUGGAGAAGUGAAGAUACUGAAUGGACAGAUUGGAACCUUGCUGGAGAAAGGGAAACACGAUGAUGAGCUCCUAGAUGCCUUGCUGACCCAGCAGAAACAAAUGCAGGAGCUCUUAAAGGGCCUGAGCCAGAAGGAGGAUAAGAACAAGGAGCCUCAGCAGCUGGAAGGGCAGCACCUGAACCCUGGGAUUCAGAGACAAAACAUCAUGGAAGACAAGCUCAGGGAGCUGGUGGCUGAGCGAGAAGCAAAGGUUAAAACACUGGAGACAGAGGUUGAGAAACUCACAGUUCAGGACGAGUCAGAAGCUGCUGAUCUGCCAUGCUCUGAGCACUCAGGAGCACCUGAGGGAUCAGGCAGUAACAAGGCUGGAAGGACAGAAUCUGCCUGCACAGUGUCCACGAUGGGCCACGUGCUCGUGGAGUCAGCAGCCACAGAGCCUUUCUUCCUCAGGGGUACCAGCCCAUCUGGAAUUGGGUCUGGCACGGACAGCUUGGACGGGGAAGUGCUGCCAGGAGAGAACACAGAGCAGAGGGCUCUGUGCCAGGCUGCUGAAGUGGAGAGGAGAGAGCUCCUGGAGCUGGUGACUGUGCUGCAGAAAAGGUUGGAGGAAAGCAGCAACAAAGUCUUGGAAGCUGAGAAGAAGCUUCAAGAGGAGAGGUGGCAGAGUGACAUCUUGGAACAGCAGCUUGAAAAGCUUCAGGUGGAUCUAGGGAGCAGCAGAACUGCCCAGAACCCUGCCCUGAGGAGCAGAAAAGCCCAGCCAAGCCUCCCCUUGCAGGAGGGUGACAGAGAGCAGCUCCCUGCAGCCCUGUCCGAGCUGUCCCUGGAAUCUCAGGUGGAGGAGCUCAGCACAAGGCUUGGGAUCCAGCUGGAUGAGAACAAAGAUCUGAAGGCUGUUCUGGCAGAGGUUGUGAGAAAGAAAGAGGAAGAUUUUUAAACUGUAUCGAGACAUAAUGGAGGAUGUGAUAGGUUUUCACAGGCCAUUCAGCAGCACACACAAAGGAAAAGUUAAGCCAGAUAUUCCCAGUCUUUGGGCUGCAGAGCAGGGAGAGAGCCCAGGCACCAGUGUCAUUUUGCAGCCUCAGAUCGUGUCAUUUCAUAAGCAUUUGUGGCAGAGAAACAGAGAUGAAAUACAAAAAGUGAAGGUUUUAUGUGUCAGCAAUUUCUGUCUGUGGGGGUUGGCAAGCAGAGCUGGUUGGUGCAGUUUGGGAAGCUGCAAUUCUGCAGGAGGAUUUUGGGCAAAACCUCCCAGGUUUCAUCACAGUGUUCCCUGAGAGGGCUCGAUAUUCAAUCUGCUGCUGCCUUUAUCAGCUCAGGAAGGAAUUUGCUGCACAAAAGUUGGGCCAGCCCCCUUCCUUAGAACAAAACAAGCUCUUUUUUUAUCCCUACACUGCUACCUGCCUGUCUCAGGCUUUCUGUAGCACUUCAGUGCUGAGGCACAGGAUUAGCCUGACCUGGGACUAUCUGCAAAUCAGCUUUGGGUGGGCUCCUCUCAUCAUUCCAACCUCUUUCUUUGCUUGAACAUCCUGCAGCAGUUUUCUGAAACUCCAGUGAGUUUCCACUGAAAAAAAUCUGCAGAUUACCCCUGCAAUGAGUCCACCUACCUUAAAUUCAGCUCAUUCCAUAAAAAACUUGCCAUCCAAGUUAUGAGUUCCCUGUUUCUGGGUCUCUGCAUUCAUCCAUCCAUCAGGCAGAUCUUGUUCUCUCUGGGAAGAAAUGCUACAAAAUGCAGGAAAGUCUUCACUGCAGCAAUGCUGGGACUUUUGGAGCUGCUGCAAACCCUGCCAGCCCUGUCCCUCUCUUCUGCCAGCACAGUGAGGACACAGAGUGCAAGCUAAUCAGGCAUUGCCAUGCAGCCUGCCAGUGCAGGGCAGCCUUGGGGAUUCCAGGCAAAUGGAGAGCCAGGCAUUUUUGUACAGUGCUGCUUUGUUUCUCUCUUGAAAGUCUUGAAAGCUUUUCUUUUCUCUGCUUUGCUUUGUCAGCCUCUUUUUAUGAGCCUGAAGUUUGUCAGGCUUUAACCCCAGCCAGCACCACCAAUGCAAAGUGGAUUUGUGGGCAUGAAAACCACUGCUCCCUUCCCCAGCACGGGGAUUUCAUCCUGACUCCCCUGGGCAGAGUGGAAAAAAGCAGAGCAGGAGUCA